AUGGGCAUCCCUCACCUCAUCACCACCCUGGAGAGCUAUGCCUCCCACGAGAUUCUUCAGCAUCAGGACGUGGUCAUUGACGGCCCAGCACUUGCCUACCAUGUUCUUCAUCUCUGCAGGACUCAGGGGGCAAGUCAACCGUCUUACAGCCUCCUCAGUCAAGUCGUCAUUGAAUGGCUGGAUCGUCUAGAGGAUCAGCAAGUAACCAUCCGAGCCAUCUACUUUGAUGGCUACCUUCCAAGGGAAAAGCAUCCCGUCCGCAUGGAACGGGUCAGAAAGACAACUUCACGGCUCAGCUUACUAUACUCCUCGUAUCCAGUAGGCUGUCCUCGCAGGCAUGUCGUUCCCGCAGAUGAUCUAAGUGACGAUCCGCCUCGUCUUGGGUAUUCAGCAGACAAGAUCUCCCAGGAUCCGAGCUUUGUCGUGCCCGCAGUCAUUGACGCCAUCCGGGGCAAUUCUCGAUACCGGGAGAAAUGCUUCGUAAUGCCAGGAGAAGCCGAUGCCUACUGCGCUUCAGACGUUGUCAAGCAUGGCGGCACGAUAUUAACAGGGGAUUCCGAUCUGCUUGCUCAUGAACUUGGCAGUGGCAAAGUCGCCUUCUUCCGAGACAUUCACGAGAAUGCCAGCUCAAAGCUAGCAUGCACAAUCUAUGCCCCUCGGGCCAUCUACACAAAGCUGGGACUGCCAAAGUCUUUCGAGGCAUGCCGACUGGGCUACGAGCGAUUGAAUUCUCCUCAUGCAACCCUUCCCAUGCUAUUAAAGGCUUGCUCAAGGCCCAUAUCAGACGCCGUGGGCUAUGACCUAUUCCGCCAGCAGUACGUCUCACACGAAGAGGCAUCAAUACCUCGGCUGCUUGGCGGCGGCUUGCUCCCAUUGAGCGCCCUUGAUCCACGGGUCUCGGAGCUGCUUCUUCAAAUUGGGGAGGCCCCGGCAACAGAUAAGGCCAAGAUGUUUCUUCCUUCUUUGAUUGAGAAUCCCAAUAAGGGUACAUCUUGGGACGCAAGCGCCAAUAUCCGAAGACUGGCUUACACGGUCGCAAGCCGGUAUCUUGCCCGCAAUCACGCCUCGUCCGUCGAAGAGUACAGAAGAGUACAAAAUACCGACCAAAAAGGGCGUGACAUCCCCUUACUAUCUAGUGCUGAGGCGUAUGAAGCGGCCCUUCAGCUACUAGACCUCAUGGAACGAGUCAGAGAAACCAACAUACCACCGAACCAUCACUGGACGCUGUUGUGCAUUAUCCUGGAUAUCAUAGAAUGCCACCAGCAAGGCAAAAACUCACACGCCUUGAUCACACUCCAACAACAAGGCCGCCUUUCGACUACCGCGGGGGGCAAGAUACCGUGGGAUACGAUUCACUUUUGCGCACACAUUCAAGCCGCAAUGUAUUCACUUCGCAUUCUGAGCCAAGUCCUUGCCUCUACAAUGGCCCAAAAUACCAGCACGGACGAGUUGGCCCUCUGCUUGAUUCAGAUCCGCAGGCUUUUGUCAGAGCUGCCUCCUCUCACCAAGUUCCCGGAUAUUUGUGUGCUAUCUGACUUCUUGGCCGCGGCAAAUGAGCUUCAGGUAUUGCCGAUUCUGUCACAAUUUAUUGAACUUGAGGAGCCGUCAUCUACAGGCCCCGAGGAAUCACAUGCAACGCUUAAGGGGAAAAAGUCCAGCAAACAGGCAAGGGAUUCAGAUGGCAGCACCAAAAAGUCCAGCAAGAAGCCAAACAAGACGAAUGGCAACAGAGGCAACAUAUUCAGUGCCCUCUCCAUAGAUGUAUAA